CAAAAUCAAACCUUGUGAAGAGUGCAGAAGUCCAAUGCCAGACCAGCUGGUACUAGAUUGGUAGGCCUCGAGUUGAGUCUAACUUGACUAAGCCCGUCUGUCUUUGGAAGGGGCAUGCUGCCGGCGUCACUACGCAAACCAGGGAUGAGCUUGGUUAUUCAGUUAUGAAGGAGUGGGCCAGGCUCCAUUCCAGCUGAAGAACAUUGAGAGCACAGCACUUCAGAUGCUAUCCGGUCUGAUGAGAUCCGGUAAACCUUGCAGGACAAUAUUCGCCCAGCUGGACUCCGCACUUCUGUUGUGAUGGGUGACAUCAUCGUCUUUACUCUCCGCCCAACCUUGACAAUACAACUCAGCAGUUCUUCCCAUCAUGCCCUCAAACCAUUCUGAGCAUCCUCACAAGUUCCUUAAAAACCCACGCGUGGCAGCUGUCAUCCCUUGCCCCUUCAGUGGUGGACAGCCACGAGCUGGGGUAGACCAUGGACCGAGCCAUCUGAUCCAAGAUGGGCUGAUCAAAAGCAUCGAAUCCGUGGGAUACUCAACCGCCCUCGACGAACUUAAUCUGUCAACGGUUCUGAAACAAGACGACCCGGAUAUUGGGAUCCUCAAAAACCCUCGGCUGGUCGCAGAGACAAACAAAAGUUUGAUGAAUACCAUUAACUCUCACACCGAGAAGGGCGAAUUUAUCGUUACCAUCGGUGGGGACCAUUCUUUGGCUAUUGGUACUCUGAGCGGAACUUUAAACGCCUUCCCGGAGGCCUGCGUGAUAUGGGUUGAUGCGCAUGCAGAUAUAAACACACCCGAUACGACCGAGACAGGGAAUCUACACGGAUGCCCGGUUUCGUUUUUAUUGUCGACAUUGCAUGCGGGAAAAGAUCUUGAGCCAUUCGAAUGGAUCCAACCGUGCUUGAAACCAGAUCGAUUGGUUUAUAUCGGCCUGAGGGAUAUCGAUAUGGGUGAACGCAAAAUCUUAAAAGAGCAUAACAUUCGCUGUUUUACGAUGCACGAUGUUGAUAAACAUGGGAUCGGGAAAGUCGUUGAAAUGGCUUUGGAGAGCGUGAACAAAGAUUUAACGCGGCCGAUUCAUCUAUCGUUUGACGUUGACGCCUUGGAUCCCAGUGUUGCCCCAUCGACUGGGACGCCUGUUCGGGGAGGCUUAACCUUCCGCGAAGGACAUUACAUCUGUGAAGCGAUCUACGAAACCGGAUGUCUGGUCGCGUUGGACCUCAUGGAAGUCAAUCCGACUCUAAUGACCACCGAAGCUGAUGUGAUUCAAACCCUAAGCGUAGGCCAAAGCUUGAUCCGAUCUGCUAUGGGCGAAUCAUUGAUCUAAAAAAAAAUUAAAUGGUCGCUAUGCUUGGUCGAAUGAUUGAGUCUGCUCUAUUCUUAAAAAGCCGUCAUCCUUUCGGUGAUGAGUGUUAAAAAAGUAUUUAUUUCUCUCCGAGGUCAACCCAGUGCAGUUUUCUGCUGAAGCUUAAGAACCUCUUUGGAUUCUCUGCUUAAUAUAUUUUACUAAUAUUUUGACAUUUGAUCACCUGUCACUCAAUUACUAGAGAAGAUUAUCAUAUGGUUAUUCACUUAGAUAAUGAUUGUCUUCAAUACCUAGCCAGAUUUUAUUUACAUGUCUGUAAAUUUCUUUUCUCUUUGUUGAAGAUCAUCAUGGAGCAACUUGAUGCAUUGAUUUUGUAGAAAUAGAUGACUGUAACUUAUCAUCAUGAACCGUUUGAUCAAAUCUAACCAUUUUAAUGAUCUGAAUUCUACGUGG